CAUUGCCAAGUAUAUAAAGGCCAAGUGUAAAAGUGUGAAAAGAUUAUUAAGUGAUAUGAAUUCAAGAAAACAAGUCUAAAGUUCUCUGAAUGUUACUCUACAUGUAAAUAAGAACUUUAUUUGAGUGUCAUAAAGUGUAAAAGUUGAUUCAUUCGUGUUUAUUUAACAAGGCAAACUCCUCAAGAACAUUAAAUAUUAUCCAAAAAGAGUACAAUUCAUAAUGCAAAGAAUCUUUGAUAAGUGGCUUCACAGCAGCAUAGAAACUCAUAAAUAUCUCACUAUUAAGGCUUCAAAAAAUAGUACAACCCAAAAAGUGGAUGACAAUAAACUCUAAUUAGGACGAAGAAUAAGAAAGAAAACAGAAAAAAUAUAAAAAAAAAAAUGAAAAACUAGUCAAAGAAGAAAAAUUCUGAAAAUCUAAAAAUAAACUAAGAAAAAAAAAUCAAAAACAAUAUUUUCGUACUGCCAAUAAAUUUGUUUGAAAGCUUUUUUCAGAAAAGAUAAAGAAAGAUUUCUAUUAGUUGUGAUAUUUAAAGAAGAAUUAAAGUGAUUUAAACAAAGUGCACGAUUAAGAUGAUUGCUAUGAUGACCAGUCGUACAUUGCGUCAAUCCAAGGACAUCCUUGGGAUGUUUUUGGGUGCUAAUACGCGAAUAAUGUCCACCAAAAAAUUUUCAAGUUCUUCAGGUUCAAAGGAAAUCGAACCGAUAAGAAAAUCAGUGUUUAUAUCACAAUCGUACGAUAUUUUCACAAACUUAGCCCUUGAAGACUGGAUUUACAAGAACUACGACUUUGGUAACCAUCACGUUCUCAUGUUAUGGUUAAACGAUCCCUGCGUCGUAAUUGGACGUCAUCAGAACCCGUUUAACGAAACGAAUGUGAGUCAAUUGGAAUCAGCUGGCAUUGAAUUGGCGAGAAGAAAUAGCGGAGGCGGAACUGUUUUCCACGAUCGCAACAAUCUUAACUGCACGUUCUUCACACCACGCGAACGCUACGACCGAAAGUACAAUUUGAAUCUGAUAACGAGAGCGAUUUAUCGCGAAUAUGGCAUCGACACGGAAAUCUCACCGCGCGAUGAUAUUUUACUGCAUGGCAAGAAAAUCUCGGGGACGGCUGCCAAAUUAGGUCAUCCAAAUUGCUAUCAUCAUUGCACAUUGCUGGUGAAUUCCAAUAAAAAUCAUCUCAAUGAAUCGCUAAUGAAGAAUGAAAAGGCUGAAAUCAAAAGCAAAGCAACAGCAUCUGUUCGAUCUGCUACAAAAAAUUUAGCCGAUGUCAACAAGAACGUGAACAUACAGCAAUUGCUGACAGCUAUCGGAUAUGAAUUUUUGCGUACGCCAGCUGAGAAAUUGUGUGAUGGCGGUCGUGAAUUGGUUAUGCAACAAAGAGGUUUCCAAUUGAUUAAUCCUACUGAAAAAUGGUUUCCUGGCUUGAGUGAAUUGAAGGAAAACUUUGCCUCAUGGGAUUGGCGUUAUGGCAAAACACCAAACUUUUCUGUCCAGAAAAAUAUUCAAUUAAAGUCGGACGAACAAAGUCACGACAUAAAGUUGAAUGUUGAUGUUGAAAAGGGUUUAAUUAAAAACAUCGACCUAAUGCUCAAAAACUCAACUGAAAACAUGCCAAUUGUUUCCAGUUUGAUUGGACAGCCUUACAAUGAAAAUAACUUUGAGCGUAUAACUAAUGCCCUCGCCAAUGUUUCGAGUGAAAAUGUGAAGAGUGUUUUGGCAGAAGAAUGCAAGAAUGGCUUAUGAAAAAUAUUGAAAAUCGACUGAGCUCGAUGUAGAUUUAAGCAGAAUGAUUUUUUUUUAUUAUUUUCUUCUUCCAUAAUUUGCCUUAAAUCAUAUCGGUGCCUUAUUCAAAUAUGUAUGAAAUUCUGUUUAAUAAAAGCAAAGAGAUACGAAAAUAAAUAAAAAAAGUAAAAAAGUUA